AUGUCAUCCUCCAGUGAAAAGCAGGCAGAAAACACACAAGCAUGCAUCACCCCUGGCAACCCAGUCUUCUCCUGCACAUUCAAUCCAUCCUUCAAAGGUCCAACUCCGACCCCCUGGUCCAAGCCCCAGAACGCCCUGUACAGGACCACCUCUGCGGAAUAUGGCCUGUACCCUCCGUGCGCUGAAACCACUGCGUGUACUUUCCACCCGAGAACCCAAAAAUUCACCAAACAUUUGAGCAGGAGCGGCAUGUACCGAGACACCUGCUUCAACACCACGGUGGACCGCAGCAGAGUGUACGACUGUCCCAAUUUACAACACACUAUCUGA